AUGGCCAAACAUCGUUUGCAACGGUUGGAGUCGCCGUCUCGGUCGUUCUCUAUGGUGCUGCACGUUGCCGGCAUCUUUUCGUUCCUUGCUUCAUUCAACUUUCUCAAUACCCUCACCCAUCACAUCUCUAUGGGCUUCGGGGGCAAUUAUCAGCACCUCACCAACAUAGGGUUGAUUCUGUCCUUCGUUACCUUCGUUACGGGACUGCUGGCCGACGUAACGUUGAGUCCCUCGUUGUUUGCCGUUAAGAACGGUUUGUCGACCGUGGCGGCACCGCUGGAGGUCCUCAUCAGCAUCCUGUACUGGGGAAUUCGGUCCAUCGACAAGCGGCUGUUGAUACCGGAGGGCUUCGAGCUCCAUUGGUUGCCAGACGUUGGGUUUCAUUUGGUCCCAGCUGUCGUCCUAUCUCUCGACCUCAUCCUGUUUAGCCCGCCAUGGACGAUUCGUGCGUACUCGGCAAUGUCGAUCAGCAUGAUUUUUGCCUUUUUGUACUGGGGCUGGGUCGAGUUUUGCUUCAGCAAGAACGGAUGGUACCCCUACCCUAUCUUUGAUGUCCUCAACACUGUGCAGCGAGUUGGAUUGUUUACCUUCUCUGCGGCAUUGAUGACGGCUAGCACGAGCCUUCUGAAAUGGGUGUAUGGACGAUUCAAUGGCUACGAGCAGAUGGAGAAGGAGGCUUACAAGCCCCUGAAGAAGACGCUGUAG